AUGGAAGAACAGAAUGUUUCAUCAAUUUCUUCAUCCCCAACUGGAUACAGCAAGGGAAUGGUGGUGUUCAUUUGCAUGCUUAUAUCAUGGGUCUUUGUUCAUAGAUGGAACCAGAGGAACAUGAAAGGACCUAAAACAUGGCCUCUUGUUGGAGCAGCAAUUGAACAGCUAAUGAACUACAACCGGAUGCACGAUUGGCUUGUGGAAUAUCUGUCUGAAUUGAAAACUGUGACGGUUCCUAUGCCCUUCACUACUUAUACUUACAUUGCAGAUCCUGUUAAUGUGGAGCAUGUUCUCAAGACUAACUUUGCUAACUAUCCCAAGGGUGAAGUUUACCAUUCGUACAUGGAAGUUYUGCUUGGAGAUGGGAUAUUCAAUUCAGAUGGGGAAUUGUGGAGGAAGCAAAGGAAGACUGCAAGUUUCGAGUUUGCAUCCAAGAACCUGAGGGAUUUCAGCACCAUUGUAUUUAGAGAGUAUGCMUUGAAGCUCUCUUAUAUUUUAUCCCAAACAUCUGCUCAAAACCAACAAGUAGACAUGCAGGAAUUAUUAAUGAGGAUGACCUUGGACUCUAUAUGUAAGGUGGGAUUUGGAGUAGAAAUUGGAAGCUUGGCUCCUGAGUUACCUGAGAAUUGCUUUGCUCGGGCUUUUGACACUGCAAACAUUAUCGUCACUCUUCGGUUYAUUGAUCCUCUUUGGAGAAUAAAGAAAUUCCUCAAUGUGGGCUCUGAAGCUCAACUUGAUGAAAGCAUUAAAACUAUUGAUGGUUUCACAUACUCUGUGAUUAGGAAAAGGAAAGMAGAGAUACAAGAAGCUAGAGUUCACAGUAAGGAUGUUAAGAUAAAGCAUGAUAUACUGUCAAGAUUCAUUGAGCUGAGCGAGGACCCAGACAACAACUUAACUGACAAGAGCCUAAGAGAUGUGGUCCUCAACUUCGUAAUUGCUGGACGUGACACAACGGCCACAACACUCUGUUGGUUUAUCUACAUGAUAAUGACUCAUCCACAUGUAGCUGCUAAGCUGUACUCAGAGCUCAAAGCAAUUGAGGAAGAUAGGRCCAAAGAAGAGAAGCUCUGUUUGCUUCCAUACGACCCAGAAGACCACACAUCAUUCAACGAAAGAGUAACCCAAUUUGCAAGGUUCCUAACUUAUGAUUCGCUUGGAAAGUUGUCUUACUUGCAUGCAGCCAUUACAGAGACACUUCGUUUAUACCCCGCAGUCCCUCAGGACCCCAAGGGCAUCCUAAAGGAUGAUGUGUUGCCUGAUGGAACCAAACUUAAAGCAGGAGGGAUGGUGACCUAUGUCCCCUACUCCAUGGGGAGAAUGGAGUACAAUUGGGGCCCUGAUGCAGCUUCUUUCAAGCCUGAGAGAUGGUUCAAGGAUGGCUUCUUCCACAACUCCUCCCCGUUCAAGUUCACUGCAUUCCAGGCUGGGCCCAGGAUAUGCCUGGGGAAGGACUCCGCAUACCUGCAGAUGAAGAUGACACUCGCCAUCUUGUGCAGAUUCUUCGAGUUCAGACUGGUGCCCAACCAUCCUGUCAAGUACAGGAUGAUGACAAUUCUAUCAAUGGAACAUGGACUGAAGCUCACUGUAACCAGACGUUCUUAA